GGAUGUUCAUUGCCGAAGCCUCGGAGGCCGUCAUCCUCAUGGCAGAAGCAAAGGACUAUAGCUUCGUCGGUGUUAAUUUCACUACCAUCCCUUUGGAAGGAUUAGUGUUCCCCGUUGGCGUUGAAUUUGAUCCAAGAAGUGAGAUGGUUUAUUGGACUGAUGCAGUCCUCCACACUGUUAACAGGGCUUCAAUCAACGGGUCGUCACAGGACAUCAUUGCACGGUUACAAAAUACCUCCGGUGAUCGUCACUAUCCUUACGGAAUUGCCCUUAAUCUCGAUGAUAACAAGGUGUAUUGGACUGAUCAAUAUCGUGGAAUCAUUGAGGUCUCAAACCUCGAUGGGACUGAUCGAGAUGAUUUGCUCUUCGUUGGCUUUAACUCUUAUCCCAACGGUAUCGUUUAUUCGCCAAUUCGCAGGAAGAUAUUUUGGACCGAUAGAGGGCAGCAUCCAAGGAUCGAGAAGGCUAACCCGGAUGGAACCAACCGAAUUGCUCUUCUUGAUGGCGAUGUUAGUCCUGAUAUUUCCGAUCCCACUGGAAUAUGCCUUGAUUCUAUAGUAAAGUACCCCAAAGGUCCGUAG